AUGGAGAACUAGGUAGGGGAGCACAGUCACGGUUGCUUUGGUCCGCAGACCCAGUCGAUCGAAAAUUCAGAAAUAAAAACGUGAGCACCUUUCCCGCAGCUAAACUGACUCUGCGUUCUUUGCAGCCUCGACUUAAAGGCUGCGCUAGGAGAAACUCGUGGCUCCUGGAAAGUUUGGAAACUGAACUAGGAGAGAAGCCAGACGUCAGGGGUUUUGCGGGUCCCGCGAUGUUUUCCAGAGCUUUUCAAGUGGAAAGAGAAGAGCGACAAAAUGAAAAUGCAACGUGUGCGGGAGGCCACCCGAGUCCCGCAAAUUGUCCCGCGCAGAGGUACACAGUUUCUCCUAGCAUGCCCGCGAUCUGAUCAGCAGACGUGAGAUUUUGGCUCCUGCGUGCGUCCGGCGCCUUAGUGCUGGGGCCUGGUCACCGCCCACGACUGCGGAGCCAGCAUGGCCACUGCCUCUACUUCCAGCCCCGGAAUUUCACAGCCCCAGUUCACAGCCAUGAAUGAACCACAGUGCUUCUACAACGAAUCCAUCGCCUUCUUUUAUAACCGGAGUGGAAAGUAUCUCGCCACAGAAUGGAACACAGUCAGCAAGCUGGUGAUGGGACUUGGAAUCACCGUCUGUAUCUUCAUCAUGUUGGCCAAUCUACUGGUCAUGGUGGCAAUCUAUGUCAACCGCCGCUUCCAUUUUCCUAUUUAUUACUUAAUGGCUAAUCUGGCUGCUGCAGACUUCUUUGCUGGGUUGGCCUACUUCUACCUAAUGUUCAACACAGGACCCAAUACCCGGAGACUGACGGUCAGCACGUGGCUCCUACGUCAGGGCCUCAUUGACACCAGCCUGACAGCAUCUGUGGCCAACUUACUGGCCAUUGCGAUCGAGAGGCACAUUACAGUUUUCCGCAUGCAGCUCCACACACGGAUGAGCAACCGGCGGGUGGUGGUGGUGAUUGUGGUCAUCUGGACCAUGGCCAUCGUGAUGGGUGCCAUACCCAGUGUGGGUUGGAACUGCAUCUGUGAUAUUGAGAAUUGUUCCAACAUGGCACCGCUCUACAGUGACUCUUACUUGGUCUUCUGGGCCAUUUUCAACUUGGUGACCUUUGUCGUCAUGGUGGUUCUCUAUGCUCAUAUCUUUGGCUACGUUCGCCAGAGGACUAUGAGAAUGUCUCGCCAUAGUUCUGGACCCCGGCGGAAUCGGGACACCAUGAUGAGUCUUCUGAAGACUGUGGUCAUUGUGCUUGGUGCCUUUAUCAUAUGCUGGACUCCUGGACUAGUCUUGUUACUUCUCGACGUGUGCUGUCCCCAGUGUGACGUCCUGGCCUAUGAGAAGUUUUUCCUCCUGCUUGCCGAGUUCAACUCCGCCAUGAACCCCAUCAUCUACUCCUACCGCGACAAGGAGAUGAGCGCCACCUUCAGGCAGAUCCUCUGCUGUCAGCGCAGCGAGAACACCAGCGGCCCCACUGAAGGCUCGGACCGCUCGGCUUCCUCCCUCAACCACACCAUCUUGGCCGGAGUCCACAACAAUGACCACUCCAUGGUGUAGAAACGAAGCUACGAUGAGAAGCAGCCGCCAUCCAUUGAAGAUCGAGCAGGCUUCCCCGUACCCAAAGGCCAGAGCCAGGUGGGGUGUGAGAGAGAGAGGAAAAGUACACUCACGUACUUAAAACACUAACCAACGGCAGUAUUUCUUCCUAGACCCAACAAGACUUGAUAUAUAUUGAAAAUUAGCUUAUGUGACGGCCCUCCUCCUGAUCCCCAUUCCUUUUGAAAGUAGAAAGUGGAGGUCUCGCGAUGAGAUUCAUAAACAAGACUCUGGAGUGUCCAUUUACAGUACACUAACUAGUCUUCGGGAGAUUUUGUGUGGUUUGGUGCAAGUCGGAAUAAAUUCUGACUCGUUGAAUCCACAACUUCAUUUACAUACAGGCUUCCCUUUUUUUUAUUUUUAAAGGAUACAUUUCAUUUAAUAAACGUGUUUAUGCCUAUCAGCAUGCUUGUGAUGGAUAAGACUAUAGACUGUUUUUAAGCUAUCAUAACUCCAUUUUUUCCUUAUGUAGGAAAACUGUAAAUUAGAAUGACUUUUUUAGAAAGCAUGCAUGUAAUGUAUGUAUGCAGUAUGCCUUACUCAGAAAGAUGAAAGGUACUCAUUUUAAAUCUUCUAGGAAAUAGGAAAACCUGAUGUCAAAGCCAGUAUUUGUUUAGGUUAUGAAACAAGCAAUGAUCUAAUCACAAUGAUACCUUUUUUAUUCAAGUGUUUAACAUGUAUGAAACAAACAGGAAAUGUAAGUUUAUUUUUGGAAGAAUGUGUACUCCAUAAAAGUUAUGGAAGGUGAACACAGUGGUAUUGUUCCCACAUAUUUAUAAUACCCAAGUCCAUUCUAAUUGUCAGUUCAUCAGAGGGAUUUUUUUAAUAACCUGUGUUUUUCUGUAUUAUAAUACAUAGUCAUUUUAGAAAACUUGAAAAAUGCAGAAAUGUGUAAAACAGCCCAGAAGUAACCACCAUUAACAGCAUUACCCCUGUGUAUGCCUAUAUGUAUAUUAUAUACCUUUUUAUAUAAUUGGGAUCAUACUGUAAAUGAUUUUAUAACCAGUUUGUUUUUUCCACUGCAGAAUUGCCACAUUUUUCCUAUGGCAUUAAAAAUUUUACAAAAAAACAUAAUUUUAAUGGCUAUAUAAUAUUCCAUUUAAUGGAUGCAUCUCAGUUUAACCAUUCCCAUACUGUUGACUACUUAGGUUAUAUCUAAUUUUCACUGUUAUAAAUAAUGUUGCAAAACUUGUAUGUACAUAAAACUUUGUCCAUAUAAUUGAUUACUUACUUAGGACACAUUCCCAUGAAGGAUUUUUUUUUUAAAUGUGAAGUGUCUUUUUAUACUUCUACCUUUUAUGAAAGAGGAUUUCCUGCUUUUGCACUGCAUGUGUGGCAAUUGUGAGGAAAGCCAGUUAAUUUACCUUUUUACAAAGGAAACGCAGUGGUUACUUUAGAGGAGAGUGACUUUUGUAUAACGAGAAACAGUCAACUGUCACAAAUAGCCAGGACACCCUAAUUAAUAUGUCUAGCAAUUUCAAGUUUCAUUUGAGAGAUGGAUUGUCCAGCUCUUGGUAGGCAGAGCUGUAAUGUAGAAUUGAAGAAAACACAAAGAAAUCAAACAUGCCAAGUGAAUAAAAGAUCAUCUUCAUAUUACAUAGCUUGGGACCCUUCUGUAGCAAAUGGAUUGAAUGUAUCAGUAUGCAACUGGAUAUUGUGAAUUCUCUAGGGUCACCCCCAUGGAUGCCGCCACAUUGGGAGAUACCUGUUUAAUUGGCCAGGUCAACUAGUCAUUGCACCAGUUUGUUGUAAUAAGUAGCCAGUAAUGUCACCGUCAUGAAGCAGGUGUGGGAAAGUCAGGAGUACGUUUAAGAGAGAGAUGUCCAGAAGAAUGGUUAUUUAGGAAGGAGGAAGUCAGUGCAUGGUCACCAUUUAAAUGGAGGGCAGAUGCAGCAAGUGCCCAAAGUGAAAAGAAUCUGGGGGACCAGUUAGCAGAAAGUUGUUUGCACAGACUUUAUACAAAAUACAGAGCAUUUUACAGUGGACGUGAAAGAAAUGAUCUUGGACUUUAUGUGCAUUUAUUCUUAAGGUGAUGUGGACUAUUUGAAAUUAAAAACUUACUAAUUGGACCUUAAUAAAUCAUUCUCAAUCAGUG